AUGAUCACAAUAUCAUUGCUCCUAAUUGGUAUACAAAUAUUUUCUUGUAUAUUCACCGCCGCUAUAGCAACUUCAGACGCAACUGCAUGUACAAAUCUCAUAGGCUCGCUGGGGUUUGGAAAAGUGUCCAGUAAUCCGUUGGACUUGAGGUACAUCGCUAGUCGAGAAGACUACUGGAACGCCCUGCAAAGCGUCUAUCAACCCUCAUGCAUUGUAUAUCCGACAUCUGCACAGGAUGUGUCAAUUGCACUGCAAGCCAUCCGUGGCUCCGGUAGUCGUUUCGCAGUUAAGGCCGGGGGUCAUAAUACAAACAACUUCUUCUCGUCCGUCGACAAUGGAGUUUUGAUUGAUUUAAGUUCUUUGAAUGCGAAAUCGUAUGAUCCAUCUAGUGCUCUAGGAACAUACGAACCUGGUAGUACUUUUGGUGAGUUAUACGACUACUAUACCCGGUUCGGCCGCACUGUUCUCGGUCCUACGCUCGCUGGAGUAGGCACUGGUGCUGCCUUAGGAGGCGGGUUGAGUUAUUUAUCACCUCAAUAUGGAAUGGCUUGCGAUGAUUUUCGCGAACUUGAAGUCGUCUUGGCAAGUAGAGACAUUGUGAAUGCAUCUCCUGAGUCUUAUCCAGAUUUGUUCUUUGGUCUACGUGGUGGCGGUGGUAACGCAUACGGAAUUGUCACCAAAUACACGGUUCAAACUCGACCAUCGGGUCAAUUCUUUGCAGGAAACCUCGUUUAUCUGUUUGAACACAAUGAUGCCGUGGCUGAUGCUAUCCGGACAUUCAUGCAAUAUAAUCCCGACCCAAAAGCAAGCAUAGUUGCCACUUAUUUGAAGCUACCGACACCGGAUUUGAAUCUCAAUAUGGACGAGGCUAUUCUGAUGUUUCUCGUCUACGAUGGUUCCGAUGCUGGUAAUGUAUUCAACAAUUUCACAGGCAUCCCUUAUUUAUUGAAUACAAUGUCUAUCAAAACGUAUCCCGAGGUCAUCAACAUGCCCAUGCCGUUUCUCACUCGACUCACUCGAGGAGAUAAUAUAUUUCGCGUUGGCGUGCACCGGGUUGUUGACGAUGAUAGUUAUAAGAUAGCAAUUAAUGCAUGGCGCAAUUGGGCCCAGAGAAACAAAGGUUAUUAUGAACUUCUCACACUUGACUACGAACCUGUGCCUAAAAGUUUAACGGACGCCAGCAACGCUCAAAAUGGUGGAAAUGCCAUGCAGAUGCCAGAUGGGCCCUGGUUCUGGAUCAGCUAUAUUCUUGAGACUCCGCCGAGCAUGUCUCAAGCAGAUUACGAUACUGUACAAGCUAGUUUUGCGGAGAUGGUGGACUCGGUUGGCAAUGCCGAAGGCUUGCCAUUAUUCAUUAAUGAUGCUAGUCUUGAUCAAAAUCCACUUGCCACCUUUUCGACAUAUUCUGAGUUGCAGCAAAUCAAAGCAAAAUACGAUCCUGAUGCUUUCUUUACUCAAAAGACUGGGGGAUGGUCGUUUGCAUGA